UUUUUUUUUCUGUAGGGUGUGUGUGCGUGUGCUGUUUAAUUCAGUUGCUCGCUUGAGGAAGGAAGAGAAUCUGAACUUGACUUCCGUUCUCAGCCCAGAGUUAAAAAAAAAAAUCGUCCACUAUUUAAUACUGCUUCACAAAUUUGGAAGCCUAAUAAUUUUAGGUAGUGCCUGAAUACACCUUUUCAGGAGGCACUUAAGGAAUAGUGAAACGUGACAGGAUUGCCAUUGUCACUACAAAGACAUGGUUUUCGUUAGGCGGUGCAAACACUUUUUACUUACUUGGACAGUUCCUUGAUUCCUCUGGUCAGACAGUUUUUCAGGAAAGGGGAUAUAGGUAGGUUAUAAUGGAAGGAGAUUAAGACCUUUAUUUUUGGCUUUUAACUUGGUAACUUUCAGCUUUUGAAGCUGUUAUUUAUUUGGAUCAGUCACUUUUUAAACAGGGCACCUGCACUUAACCCCAAUAGAAGUGUCGCCUAUUAGAAACAGAACCUUAGGGUGCAUUGGCUGUGUCUCUGCAUUGGAGAAAUAGGAAGUUUCCCAAACUUGACACAUUUGUGAAUGUUUGAUAAUGCACCUUUGGCCAGAUUGUCUUCUCCAUGUUCUUUUGUUUUCCUAGCUCUAAACUUCAUUUUGGUAUUGAUGUGACUGAGGGGAAGGAAGACAGACUCCUGGCUCAGCCAUUUAGAACUUUGUCAUCUUGAGAAGGUAUUUACUUGAAUUCUUACUACAUUUUAAAUUACCUAUAUCCAUCGGAAGGAAAAUGAAGAGUGUUGCCUGCUGUUUGUUUUCAAACCAAGGAAUUUUUAUUGAGGGUCUAAGAAGCCCCGUGUGCCACGCCCCUGAUCUGCAGCUUUGGGAGGCCGGUUGACCUGGAGAAGGAUGACUACCAGAAGGUGGUGUGCAACAAUGAGCACUGCCCCUACAGCACCUGGAUGCACCUGCAGUGUUUCUAUGAGUGGGAGAGCAGCAUCCUAGUCCAGUUUAACUGCAUCGGCAGGGCCCGCAGCUGGAACGAGAAGCAGUGCCGCCAGAACAUGUGGACCAAGAAGGGCUACGACCUGGCCUUCCGCUUCUGCUCCUGCCGUUGUGGACAGGGCCACUUAAAAAAGGACACAGACUGGUACCAGGUGAAGCGGAUGCAGGAUGAGAAGAAGAAGAAGUCUGGAUCGGAGAAGAACACAGGGAGGCCCCCUGGCGAGGCUGUGGAGGAAGCAAAAAAGUGCAGGCCCCCAAAUAAGCCCCAGAAAGGCCUGAACCACGACCUCCCCCGCCGGCACUCCGUGGAUCGGCAGAACUCCCAGGAGAAGGCGGGCAGCACUGGGGCCUACGGGGCCCGCUCUCCCUGUGGCUCCCCUGGCCAGUCCCCGCCCACUGGUUACUCCAUCCUCUCCCCUGCCCACUUCAGCGGCCCCCGCUCCUCCAGAUACCUUGGGGAAUUCUUAAAGAAUGCCAUCCAUCUUGAGCCUCACAAAAAGGCCAUGGCUGGGGGCCAUGUGUUCCGAAACACCCACUUUGAUUACAGUCCGGCUGGGUUAUCAGUUCACAGGGGCGGCCACUUUGACGCGCCCGUACAGUUCCUGCGGCGGUUGGACCUCUCCGAGCUUUUAACUCACAUCCCCAGGCAUAAGCUGAACACUUUCCACGUGCGGAUGGAAGACGAUGCCCAAAUGGGCCAGGGCGAGGAUCUCCGCAAGUUCAUUCUUGCAGCCCUCAGUGCCAGCCACAGAAAUGUUGUAAACUGUGCCCUGUGCCACCGGGUGCUCCCGGUGUUUGAACAGUUCCCACUGGUGGACGGAACUCUGUUCUUAAGCCCCUCGAGACAUGAUGAGAUCGAAUAUGAUGUUCCUUGUCACCUUCAAGGGAGACUCAUGCACCUGUAUGCGGUGUGCGUGGACUGCCUGGAAGGAGUUCACAAGAUCAUCUGCAUCAAGUGUAAGUCGCGGUGGGACGGCAGCUGGCACCAGCUGGGCACCAUGUACACUUACGACAUCCUGGCCGCCUCUCCAUGCUGUCAGGCCCGCCUGAACUGUAAGCACUGUGGGAAGCCCGUGAUCGACGUGCGGAUUGGGAUGCAGUACUUCUCUGAGUACAGCAACGUCCAGCAGUGUCCACACUGUGGGAACCUGGACUACCAUUUUGUGAAGCCAUUUUCCUCCUUCAAAGUUCUUGAAGCUUAUUGAUGAAAGCUUUGCUUUGGUAAUAGCUAUUUUAUUGAUAUUAUUACUUUAUUACAUAUCUUUUCUAGGGAAACAUUCUGUGACUUUAAUUUCUUUUCUAAUUUAAAGGAGAGUUCCUUUGUGUAUGCGUGCCACUAAAAUGGGGGCUGCCCCUUGCCCUCUCUUGACCCCCGAGUGUUAGUCUGUGGUCAUAACCAGAGCCCAAAUGGGUAAUUCUGUGAGUUUGGAGUAUUGGUUCACUAACUAAGAAUCUCAUGCAGCUUUUAAGGUGGUAGGGAGGAUGAGGUGAAUUUAGGAAAGGGAUUAUGUGGUUCUAAACUAAGAGCAUGGUAGGAGUUGGGAGGAAACUCUUACUGAAAUGUUGCUGUCUAAAGACCCAGUUUUAGAUCUUCUCUGGGCCUUGAGAAAAACAAGUGACAAGUGAAUGUAAGUCUGUGCCUGGAGAGCUGAUAGUAUGUUGGUCUGUCUUGGUUUAGCACUGUGCAGCGCAAAUUGACCCACAGUUUAUCCACACUGACAGAGUCUUUGAAAGUGAACACAAGUGCUGUUUCCAUCACUGUUGUAAGUUAACAGUCGUUUUCAUACUGAAAAUAAUAUCCACAUUAUAAGACAUGAAAGCUAUUGGUGUUGCAAAUAUUUUUAAGCUGACCUAUAAUAGAAUAUACUAAACGAAUUUGGAAAUUGAUGCAUACUAAUUUAAGAGGGCAAAGAGGCAGAAAAUGGUAAUUUGAAGUUGGUCACAGUAGCUCUUAAGGACAAUCCAUGAAUAACAUGAUUUGGGCAGCACCAGUUUCUAUAGGUUGCACCGUUGAAAUACCAUUCGAUGUCAGAUCCUUCUCACAGGUAAAUCUCACAGCCACAGACCGAACUGGUGAGUUUGAGAACCAGUCACUGCCACACGAAUCUUCUCUAAAAUUGCUUAACAGCAAUGUUUUACUAAUUUAAUACUGAAUUCCAAAAUCAAAGAUUUGGCCCUACGAAGGAAAGGAAAAAAAUUACUUGUGAGAGUAUGAAGAGAAGAAUAAUUUUAAUAUUUCCGUUUUAAGUUUGUUUCAUUCUGGAAAAUCACUGAUCGUAACUUACAACAAUAUGUUCGAAAGCAGGUCAUUCUGAACAUCUCCAUGAUACUUUACUAUGGGCAAAAAGAAGUGACAAUUUAUAUACUUAAUUCGUCAGAGCAUUGGGCUUUCCAAAAUACAGCUUGCUGUUCAUUAGAUCUUGGUGAUUUAAAUAGACAUACAUUCUAUAUCCUUAAUAGAAUUGGAAUAUGAUUUCUCAAAAAUGAAUUUGAUAAUUUCAAAUACGAUAUGCAUAUAUGCUAAAAGAAUGCUGAAAAUAUAAUUAUAGGUAGCUAAAUUUGGGAUAAUGUGAGCAUUUUAUAUUACUCACAUGGUUUAUACCUUUUUUUUACCCCCAGAAAAAGUUAUUUCACCUCUCAGAAGUGUUUAGGCAUUAUUGCAAGUGAGCUUCAGUUCUAUUAUAUGAAAUAUUUGAUGUUUUGUUUGAAACAGCACAGCCUUAAAGAACUAAUAUAGUCUUUAUCUUUCAGUUUGGAUGAUUAUAAUUUAGUUUACUACAUCCAGUUUGGUGUUUGAUGAUAUGAAAAAUAUUUCACAGUGGGGGGAAAUGCUCAAUGCCAGUAAGAAACAGAAAAUCGUUACUGGUCUGACAGUAUUUGAUGCAAAUGAACAAAGUCUAUAGGACAUAACCCUUGAAAAUUUGUUUUUAAUAUGCAAAGAUGUAAUUGUGAGUUAACUGUUUCCCUGUUGAUUCUCUCAUGUACCCAGGUUCAAAAAUUUUUCUUGUCUUUAGAGUGCCAUUUGGAUUUUACUUCUAAAUUUAAAAUGCAUCGGAAAUAUUUGUAACGCUGUUCUUUAACCCACCUAAAUUUUUUAAAGAAACUUGCUUAUAUUGUUGUCCCAAAGCUUCAAGUUUAUGUAUAGAUUGCAUUCAGCAAGCUCCUCAGUCUAACACUGCUGUGAGUGUAGUGCCUGAUGCAUUCAAUAUUUUCUCCUUAUAUUGUUUUCUACUCCUUAAAAAAUAAGUAUGAUAGGUUUCACUGUAAUUAGGUAAAAUUUGCUUUGGCUUUUAUUUUGAUGAUGAAGUUAGGAUUCUGCAGCUAUGUGAAAUAAAAGGUAUAGGUGUCAUAUCUGAGAAUAUCUUGCCUUCGUGGCAUUGCAUUCUUGUCUAAAAUAGAAAAUUUGAUUGAUUUGAGAAUAAAACAUAAUUGAGUAUGCAAUAAUAUAAAGAAUAAAUCUUAUUUUGGAAAUCUGCUGACCGUGGUAUUUUCCCUAUGCUUUCUCAAAGUACCUUGUUCUGAGUACCUUGAUGAAAUUGGAAUAUGUCAAAAAAGAUGAUUAUUUUUGUUGUGGUUUGGAUAUUAAAGGAUAUUAGUCACCCGGAGAUCCAUUUUCUUUUUUUCUGAUGAAUAGUGUUCAAUAAUGUGAACCACUCGUAAGUGACGUAAUUUCAAAGCAAUUUUUCAUCUACUCUAACUUUUUUAUCAUUUACUUUUAAGAGUUAUAUACCUUGAACAAAUACUUUGGUGAGAAGACUAUUUUUUAUGGUCUCAUCAUUUUCUCUUCAGGCCAGCUCAGUUCUCCACUUUCUUCUGGCUGCAUCUGAAGUAGUUGAUAUACAUUGGCCAUGAAAUUGGGGAAUGGAGUCAGUUAUCCCAUUCCAGUUAUAAAAGAGCUUUCUCCAGUGUUUAUUUUUGCAGUUUUUGUAAACGAAGUUCAUUUUCAGAAUAAAACAUCUUUUCAUAUUUGUUUGAGGGAAGUUAACUCAUUAGGAAAGAUUAGAUGUUUAAACCCCAAAACUAACAGAUACACUGAUACACAACUUGUUAGACCACCAGAACUAACCUGCUGAAGUCUCUCAUUUUGUCCUGUGGGACCAGUACUUCACACAGUCUUUUCUCCUGUGUCCGGGUCAGUAACUCCAAUUUGCUUUUCUCUUUAGUCUCAUGUUAGCAGCUGUUGAGUAAUUUUAGCUGGAGAUUUGGGAAGUGGUGAGGAGAAAGUGCUCUUGUUCAGUGUUUUGGUUCCUAUAAUCGGAUGCAGCCUAACUCAGCUUGUCUCCACGUCCUGUUGACUUCAUUAUUAUUCUCGGUAAUUGAAAGAAAAUGUAAUGGAUGGGCAUCUUUCAAACCAGCUCAAAAAUAUAUUCUUGUCGGUAAAGAUUUCUUGUCAAGAUGUCUUGGAUUGCACUUUUGUUGAGAGAAGACAGUGUAAAUAUUUAAAGAAUGUUGAUAAAAUUGAAACAUUUGGUUAUGGAAUUGUGUGUGAUGUUAGAAGGUUUCUGUUUGUGAAAUGUAUGUAUUAAAAAUAAUAAAAUUUCAGAAACUAACA